UUUUCUGUUUCAAGCUACAGUACCCCCGUAACACUCUCACAACAUGUCACGCAGAUAUGAUACCCGUACUACUAUUUUCUCUCCAGAUGGGCGACUUUUUCAAGUUGAAUACGCCAUGGAGGCUAUCACGCGAGCGGGCAUGUGCGUGGGCAUCCUUACGAGCGAAGGCGUUGUCAUGGCCGCGCAAAAAAGAGUCGUGUCAAAACUGCUUGAAACCAAAGCUGAAAGCGAAAAAAUGUAUCGCGUUGAUAAUCAUGUCACUUGCGCCGUCGCUGGAAUCACUUCAGACGCCAACGUGAUGGUCAACUACGCCCGUAUGACUUCUCAACGAUACAUCUACACAUACCAAGAACCAUGUCCAAUCGAACAUCUAGUAAGAACAAUCUGCGACCUGAAACAGGGGUACACUCAGUUCGGCGGACAGCGCCCAUUCGGUGUGUCGUUCCUCUACGCUGGAUGGGACAAAGGCCUCGGAUUCCAACUUUACGCAUCUGAUCCGAGCGGGAAUUAUGGCGGUUGGAAAGCAUUCAGUAUUGGCACGGGAAAACAAGUCGCGGAAUCCAUAUUUAAAGAAGAUUACACUGAUGACAUUUCUCUCAAGAACGCCAAAGAAUUGGCGAUCAAAAUCCUUAGUAAAGCAAUGGAUUCAGCCAACCUAACAAGCGAAGUCAUCGAAUUCGUAACUCUCACCAGAGAUUCAGAGGGAAACUGCAUAAACCAUAUCUAUACGGCAAAAGAAGUCGACGACCUCAUCGCAACCAUAUCCAUCGAAAGUUAAACUUGUCUCAGCAAAAGGCGAGACAUGUCCCUCUCAGCCGCCGGAUGAAUCCACUUUCAGGUCUCACAAAUGAUCUCCGUGCUUGGUCGAUCCCCUAUAGGGAUUAGGAUUCCAUGAGCUCUUUUGCAAUUCACAUUUUCCUAUAAAACUCCAUCCUUGAUAUUCACUUGACCAUUUUUGAUGAAAUGAACAAGUACAAUAUACACGGCACCCCUUUUUCUUUA